AUGGCUCCAAGUUUCUCAAUAAUUGUCUGUUGUUCAUGGCUGACGGCAAAAUUUCACAGUGAUCCUCAUUUCGGUACCACAGCCUUGGAUAACGCACAUUUGGAAAUUAUAACCUUUCAGGGACGGGAGUAUCAGAAAUAUGCACAGGACAACCAGAUAUACUUCGCUCCUAUUGACGACGAAGAGAUCGAGAGGUUAGAGUUGGAACAGCAGGUUUUCAGCAAGGUGUUCGAUGAUAGGAUUAUAUUCCCGCCAAUCCAGCAGCUGGAUAAAGUGCUCGACUGCGGAUACGGAUCGGGUACUUGGGCCGUGGAGGUUGCUGAGCAAUAUCCAGACUGCGAAGUCAUAGGGAUCGAUGUAUCUCCACAUAUGAAGCCUGAUGAUACACCGGAUAACCUUUGGUUGCAGGUUGACGAUUUGAACCGCACUUUCACUUUUCGUUCAAACCAAUUUGAUUUGGUUCACUCGCGCCUGAUUGCUUCCGGUCUCGAUAAGGAAAGAUGGCCACGCUAUCUCCGUGAUAUUUCAAGAUGUUUAAAACGAGGUGGUUGGGCACAGAUGGUUGAAGUAUAUUUUAACGUCCAGUCGGACAACGGAGCAUUGACUGAAAGCCACUGCCUGAGAAAAUGGAGCACAAGUUAUAUUGCCGCUUUAGAAGGCGUCAAAGACCUUCGAAGUGGAAUGAAACUUGCUGGUCUUAUGGCUUCAGCUGGCCUUGUUGAUAUUGAAUCGAAAAUGAUACCUCUGCCCCUAUCUGGAUGGUCAACGGAUCCGAGGAUGAAGGCUAUCGGUGAGGCGAACCGAAAGAAUGUUCAUCUUCUCCUGGAAUCACUUGGGCUAUAUCCGUUUAUGCACCUGCUUGACAUGCCUGAGGUUGAGUUCCAAGAACUUUUAACAGGUGCUAGGCAAGAAGCAGAUGACCCCUCACUGAAGGCAUAUAUUCCUCUGUAA